AGGUGACCCCAGUGCAUAGCCUAUGGAAGGCGAAUGCAACCAGUAGGUGGCGAUGACAUUACUGUCCCUCCCUAUGAUUAGACAUUCUGUGGCGGGACUGUCGAGGUCUGUAAGGAACAGAAUCAUUUUUAAAAGGCAAGCUGAGCAUGGCUGAGAAAUCCCCUCUCCAGGAAAGAUACCAAGCCUGCUUGAUUCUGAGUGGAGCUGGAGAUGCACUAGCGUACAACCGUGGCGACUGGGAAUUUGAGUCAAAUGGUGAAAAAAUCCAUAAGGAGGUAGCAGCGAGAGGGGGCUUGGAGAACCUGGAUGUUAAGGAGUUUCCAAUCAGUGAUGACACUGUCAUGCACCUUGCAACAGCUGAAGCCUUAGUGGAGACUGGAAAAGACGUAUCAUUAAAAGACUUGUAUGGCACCUUGGUCAAAAAGUACAUACAGUGUAUGAAUGAUAUGUCUGGCAGGGCCCCAGGUUUCACAUGCAUUGAUAGCACUGCCCAAUUAGCGGCAAACCAGGCGGGAGACUGGAGGAUCCCUUUCAGCAAAGUUGGUGGGGGCUGUGGUGCUGCCAUGAGGGCCAUGUGUGUGGGUCUGCGCUUCCCCAGGCCUGAGCAGGAGCGCCUCCUGGUGGCCGUGAGUGUGGAGAGCGGCCGCAUGACCCACCACCACCCCACGGGCUACCUGGGGGCGCUGGCCGCUGCGCUGUUCACAGCCUACGCGGUGAGGGGCGCACCACAGGUAGAGGCCUGGGGCCAGGGUCUGAUGAAGGUGCUGGAGAAGGCCAAGGAGUAUGUGCAGCAGGAGGGGUAUUGUGUUAAAGAAAACCUGAAACAUUGGGACUACUUCGGGGACAGCUGGAGAAAAUACCUUCAGCGUAGAGGAAUCCUUGAAGGGACUGGCAAAGCCCAGUUCCCAGAUGACUAUGGAGUGACGGCGAGGGAGGAUUUCUACAGGUCAGUCAGCUACAGGGCAACAGGCGGUGCCAGCGGACACGACGCACCCAUGAUCGCCUACGACGCACUGCUGCGAGCUGGGGACUCGUGGACUGAGCUGGCCAAUCACGGCUUCUUCCACGGAGGUGAUAGUGACUCCACUGCUGCCAUUGCUGCUGCCUGGUGGGGUGCCCUCUAUGGGUUUCACAACGUGCCCCCCAAAAACUACCAAAAGCUUGAGUACUACAGCCGCCUAUCUAACGUGGCAGAUGAGCUUUACAAGCUGAGGGGUUUGCCACUCUCAUGAUGUG